AUGCAUUCCUGGCUCCGAUUUGUUCUUGUGUGCUGUUUUGCUGUACUGAUCAUCGCCAGCGACCAGGUACCGGAAAAGAGGCCAGCACUAUUAUCGAGAUACGGUAGAGCUGUACUUUCACGAUACGGAAAACGAUCACCUCUGCCAAAAGUUGCUGCACCAGAAAACGAAUUGCUGCUGUGUCGAAGUGUGAAUGGAGAAUUCCUCUGUGUACCGUAUACUGACGAAGUGAGGAAGUGA